AUGCAGAAACAGUACGUCUCCAGAGCGACGGACUUGACUUGCAUCCCGUUUGUGGCCAAUAUCUCCUUCGGGUUUGGGCGAGACGAAGGCGCUAUGAGAACAUUGGCACAGGAAGAAAGGGAUGAUGGGUGGGGUCAAUGUUUGGUUCCAAGCAAGCAUUGCCCGAACAGGUAA